AUGUCGCAAAGUCAUGCUCUAUCAGAUGAUCAGGUCGCGGGCGAGCUCCGCAAGAUGACCGCGUUCAUCCGGCAGGAAGCUCUGGAGAAGGCCCGAGAGAUUCAGCUGAAGGCCGAUGAGGAAUUUGCCAUCGAGAAGUCCAAGCUGGUGCGCCAGGAGACCGCCGCCAUUGACACCCUCUACGAGAAGAAGUUCAAGCAGGCUGCCAUGUCGCAGCAGAUCACCAAAUCGACUCUCGCCAACCGUACUCGUCUCCGGGUGCUCGGUGGCCGUCAGGAGCUCCUGGAUGAGCUUUUUGAGAAGUCACGCGCCAAGGUGACUACUGUUGCCGACAACGACAAGACAAAGUACCAGGCCAUGCUACAGGGGUUGGUCCUCGAGGGCUUGUACUAUCUGAAUGAGGAUAAGGUCUCUAUCCGCGCACGGAAGAAGGACUUUGAUCAAGUGAAGAAGGCCAUGGGGGAGGCUGCCAAGGAGUUCAAGGAGAAUGUCGGCUCCGAGGUGGAUGUGAGCUUGGAUGAGUCGGAGCCACUGCCGGAGGGAUCGGCUGGUGGUGUGUUCAUUGUCGGCGGACAGGGCAAGAUCGAGAUCAACAACACCUUCGAGGAGCGUUUGCGACUGCUGGAAAUUGAUGCUCUCCCCGCCGUUCGAGAGACACUGUUUGGAAAGAACGUGAACCGACGAUUCUUUGACUAG